CCCCGCCCCACUGCUCCGUCUCGCUCUUGUUCUCGCCGGGGCCGCUCAGACCUGCAGCAGAGCCGCGGCUCCCGCUCCCUCCCGAUCGGGCUCCGGCAUCCUCCCCAAUCUAGUCGACGCCUCAAUCUUGGUCUCUGCGCUUCAGUCGCGGGUGGCCGUCGGAGGGGGUUGGGGGACCGUGUGUGGGUGUGUGUAGUCCUCCUUUGCCCGCCGCUCGCUCUCCUGCUGGGAGAGAGGCUGAGACCCCUCGCGCCAGCCCAGGUUUGGACUGAUGGGGUAGCCCCCCCACACCUGCCCAGCCGGCCCCACCCACCACAUGGACAGCACCACCGUGGGGAGAGGGCCGGCGGGUCAGUGAGUGGAACCUGGGCUGAGCUGCCUUCAGAACCAGGUUCAAAGCAUGUGGGUCUUUCUGCGGCUGUUGCUGGCCUGGCUGGGGAGCUGGGGUUGCACAGGGAGGCUGGUUGCCCCAGCCCAAGCAUGGGCUGGUAUCAGGGAGGGCCAGGGGCCUACACUGCUUCGGGCAAGAAGGAGCUGGGUCUGGAACCAGUUCUUCGUCAUCGAGGAGUAUGCUGGCCCUGAACCUGUCCUCAUUGGCAGACUUCACUCAGAUGUGGACCGUGGAGAGGGCCGAACCAAGUACUUGUUGACAGGGGAGGGAGCAGGCACUGUAUUUGUGAUUGAUGAGGCUACAGGCAACAUCCAUGUCACCAAGAGCCUAGACAGGGAAGAAAAGGCCCAGUAUGUGCUGUUGGCCCAAGCUGUGGACCGAGCCUCCAACCGGCCCUUAGAGCCACCCUCUGAAUUCAUCAUUAAAGUGCAAGACAUCAAUGACAACCCACCAGUCUUCCCCCUUGGGCCGUAUCAUGCCACGGUGCCAGAGAUGUCCAAUGUCGGGACAUCAGUGAUUCAGGUGACAGCUCAAGACGCUGAUGACCCUAGCUAUGGGAACAGUGCCAAGCUGGUGUACACCGUGCUGGAUGGGCUGCCCUUCUUCUCUGUGGACCCCCAGACUGGAGUGGUCCGGACAGCCAUCCCCAACAUGGACAGAGAAACACAGGAAGUUUUCCUGGUGGUGAUCCAGGCCAAGGAUAUGGGUGGCCACAUGGGGGGGCUGUCGGGCAGCACCACGGUCACCGUCACCCUCAGCGAUGUCAAUGACAACCCCCCCAAAUUCCCUCAGAGCCUGUACCAGUUUUCAGUGGUGGAGACGGCAGGGCCAGGGGCCCUUGUAGGCCGGCUUCGAGCCCAAGACCCUGAUCUGGGAGACAACGCCCUCAUGGCUUACAGCAUCCUGGAUGGAGAGGGGGCUGAGACCUUCAGUAUCAGCACCGAUGCCCAAGGCCGAGACGGACUUCUCACCAUACGAAAGCCCUUGGACUUUGAGAGCCGAAGAUCCUAUGCCUUCCGCGUGGAGGCCACCAAUACGCUUAUUGACCCAGCCUACCUGCGUCGUGGGCCCUUCAAGGAUGUUGCCUCUGUCCGUGUGGCAGUCCAAGAUGCUCCAGAACCGCCGGUCUUCACCCACUCCACGUACCACUUGGCUGUGCCUGAGAACAGUGCCCCUGGGACCCUGGUGGGCCAUGUGUCUGCCAUGGACCUCGAUUCACCUGCCAGCCCCAUCAGAUACUCCAUCCUACCCCACUCAGACCCUGAGCGCUGCUUCUCUAUCGAGCCCCAGGACGGCACCAUCCGGACAUCCGUGCCUCUGGAUCGUGAAGCUCGAGCCUGGCACAAUCUCACGGUGUUGGCCACUGAACUUGACAGUUCCGCGCAGGCCUCCCGGGUACAAGUAACCAUCCAAACGCUAGAUGAGAACGACAACGCCCCUCAGCUGGCUGAGCCCUACGACACCUUUGUGUGUGACACGGCUGUCCCUGGCCAGCUGGUUCAGGUGGUCCGGGCUCUGGACCGGGACGAAGUUGGCAACAGCAGCUACGUUUCCCUGAGCAGCCCCCUGGGCCCCGAUGCCAACUUCACCGUCCGGGACAAUCGAGACGGUUCUGCCAGUCUGUUGUUGCCCCACCGCCUGGCCCUGCCUCGCCGGGAGCCCUACCUGGUCCCCAUCGAGCUGCGUGACUGGGGCCAGCCGGCGCUCAGCAGCACAGCCACGGUGACUGUGAGCAUCUGCCGUUGUAAGCCUGACGGCUCCGUGGCUUCCUGCAGGCCUGAGGCCCAGCUCUCCCCCGCGGGACUCAGCACGGGCGCUUUGCUCGCCAUUCUCGCCUGUGUGGGCACCCUACUCGCCCUGGUGGUACUGUUCGUGGCCCUCCGGCGGCAGAAGCAAGAGGCCCUGAUGGUGCUAGAAGAGGAGGAUGUCCGAGAGAACAUCAUCACCUAUGACGACGAGGGUGGUGGCGAGGAGGACACAGAGGCUUUCGACAUCACGGCCCUUCAGAACCCCGAUGGGGCAGCCCCGCCGGCCUCGGCCCCAGCGGCCCGCCGAGACGUGUUGCCCAGGGCCCAGCCCCCUCGACAGCCACGGCCCCCUGGCCCUGCCGACGUGGCCCAGCUGCUGGCCCUGAGGCUUCGGGAGGCAGAUGAGGACCCCGGCGUCCCACCGUACGACUCUGUCCAGGUGUAUGGCUAUGAAGGCCGAGGCUCAUCUUGUGGCUCCCUCAGCUCCCUGGGCUCAGGCAGUGAGGCAGGUGGCCCCCCUGGGCCCCUCGAGCCCCUGGAUGACUGGGGGCCACUUUUCCGUACCUUGGCUGAGUUGUAUGGGGCAAAGGAGCCCCCUGCCCCCUGAGGACUGGUCCUAAUCCUGCCUGUUCUGUGGAGCCCCCAUCUAAGCUGUGCCCACAUAUAUGCCCUCUAAAAGGGAGCUCCACGGGGUCCGGUGGGCAGCCACCACCACCCCCUGGGCCCACUGGUCCUUCCACUCCAACUCUCUGGUCCUUUUCCUAUUGCUGUCUCUUUUCUCUAAUUCCUACCCUGUGUGUCUCUCGGUCUCUUUCUGUGUGCCUCUGCCUCUCUCCCGCUCCCUUGUCUUUGUCCGGACGUGCCUCCCUCGCUUUCUCUGACUUCGUCCAUCUCCUUGUGCGCCCUUUCUGGGAUUCUCUGCAUCUCUCCCCGGGUGUGCCCCUGUUUUUCCCUCUCUGUGUCUCUUUGCCGGAUGUAAUGUCUCUUGCUCUGAAUCUCCCUCCCAGUCUGCCUGUCUGUCUCUCUCCCACAGCCUGUGUCUAUCUAUCUCUGUUGCCCCUGCCCACGUCCCCCGUGGUUUUCUCUGGGUCUCUGUGACCGAGUUUUAACAGUUUUUUGGUUUUUCCAUCACCCAUCUCAAGAACAAGAAAACUUCCAGCCACUGACGCCCACCCGCCUAUGGGGAAUACUUCACCCCAGGUCAGUGCUUGGCCCAGAGCUGGGUGCUGGGGAGCGGACACUGCCCCUUCAUCCAUGAGGCUGGGCAGGGGACGGGGUGGGCCUCCAGAGACCUCUUACUCCCUGGGGGCAGAGCGAAGUGAGAGGGAACAUUUCAUACGGGGGACAACAUACGUGAGAGUGCAGACCUUUACCUCUCCUCUCAUUUCCCUACAGAUUCUGCCCGCAUGGUUUCCAUCCAUCAUUCAUGGCCUCACCCUGGCCCAACUGACCUCCAGCGGGGAGAGGGAGCUAGGCCCUUGCCCAAGGGGCCAAAACCCCGAGUCUGCCCCCCAGGCCACAUCUCUGGGGAGCUAUGGCCCUGGGGGUGCUCUGGCUAUUGGCCUACUCUGAGCAUUUCACAUCGUGUGCUUCCAUGUCCCAAGGGGAAGGGAAUGUCGGGGAUAGGGGGUGGGGGGAGCACCUGGGAAGGGAGAAAGGGGGAGGUGGGAAGGGGCCUCCAUCUCUAAUUUCAUAAUAAACAAACACUUUAUUUUGUAA